GUCCAUGCUUAGACACAAAUAGACACCGUGUGAACGCGCACACACAUUUCAGUUAAGCGCCUCUAGACUGACGCCAUAGGCGCAGAUAGACACCGUGUGCUAUGCGGAAGUCGUUGCAUCUCCCAUUCAGUACUUGAGGAUCCUAGGGGUCCAGGGAUCCUAGGUUCUCAGGGUCUGGUUUUUCCAGGAUGCCAUUCAAGUAAGCUAACAAUACACAUGACAAUAGGUUUUCGUAAAUAGAGCCACGUGUGGACAAAUAACGAUUCAAUUGGUGCUAAUAUGCCCCCGGAUAUUUGCUUAAUGUCUGCAGGGGGUACUGUUUUGACCUGUCUCCGUCCUCGAAAACGGCCAGAUUUUAUAUCAGGUCAUCGUGAUAAAUACGAGUGUCGUGAUCUUUCUGAGUGGUGUUUAAUCGUAAGGGCAGUGGAUUUACAGUCAUCAUGGGCCUAAAAUUUGAGUUUGCUACAGAGCCUUUUCUUUUUCUGUUUAUGUUUGCCCUUGGAGGAAACUUAUCGCUUCUUCCUCAACUGACAAUCGCGAAAAUCUGCCACAACAAAUUCAAUUCUUCCGUCUGCAGCAAACUUGGCCAGAAAGCGUUUAAAGAUGAAGAAAACUAUAUUUACAGCCAAGCAGCUACGUGGAACACGAUUAUAUUUCUAUCAGUAUAUGUGCCAUCCUUAUUUACAAUUCUUCCAGUCGGAGCCAUAUCAGAUAUUAUAAGUAAAAAGAAAUUAUUACUGCUUCCUCCAAUUGCGACUGUUUUGCAAUGUGUUGUCUACAUUUGCUGUGCCCGUUAUAAAGAAUUGAGCGUUGGUUAUCUUGCUGUUGGUUCCUCGAUCACUUGCAUUUACGGUGAUAUCCAAGGCGGGAUCAUGCUUAGCUACUGUUACAUGACAGGGGUCACUGGAAAUGACCACCGCCGAACCUGGCGUAUGGCCAUACUAGAAGGAUCGAUAUUCAUCGGCCAAGGACUCGGUAGUUUCGUGGCAGGUAUUUUGCUCGAAAAGUUUGGAUUCACUGUCGCCUUUUUGUUUCCUGCUUCGAUAGCUUUCUUGAAUUUCGCAUUUGUCCUGUUUUUGUUACCGAAUUUGCCCUCAUCAAGUAACCAUAGCUUGACACAUUCAAACACGGAAAUCGAUGGACACAAAGAUGAAAGUUUUUGCCUGCAGUUGGGGUCAAACCUCAAAGAUAUUUUCAAGAAAAUCGCAAUGUUUGCAAAGAAAUACUUAUGUUCAUCCGGAAAGUUGGUAGUGCUUUUGCUUCUAGCUGCGUUUUUUGCCAAUGGGGCGAUCUUAGGUGAAAACGUAUUGAUCACGUUUUUUCUAAAACACAGCCCGUUGAGCCUUGAUGCCCAGGAAGUUGGACAGUAUUUUCUGAUCCUGCAUUGUACACGGGGUAUUGGUAUAUCAUUUCUUGCGAUCAUAAGUGCAAAGUUUUUCCGCCCAUCAGAUUACAUCGUCACCAUUUUAGGUCUUCUCAGUUUAAUUGCAACCCAUAUCUCACUUAGUUUUGCUAACACGAAGCCAAUGUUAUACGGGCUCUCGGUAUUAUCAUUUGCUUUCCCGUAUGCAAUGUCAACCAUUCGUGCUCUUUUAACAAAGCUGGUCUCGCCCGGAGAUGAAGGAACUGUGUUGUCGUAUGUUGGUUUCAUAAGCUUGAUUGCAGUCAACAUCAUGACAUUUGCAGGGAACAGUUUGUUCAAAGCUACAGCCAAAAUUUUUCCUGGUUUUAGCAUUCUUAUGCUCUCCUGUUCAAGUAUAAUGGCUCUUGUUCUGGUGACGUCAGUGUGGUGCAUUGCAUCUCAUGCAGGCAGAGGUUAUGAGAAAAAUGAAGGAACAGAAUUGAAUGAUGAACAGUGCAAGACGGAAGAGGACCCAUUGAUCGAAAAAUGUUCACAGUAACGUUGUCUUUAAAUUAAACUUGUUUCUUCAUGGGAAAUAAGUAAAAGAAAUUGUUUGAUUUGCAGUGAUGACAGGGUAAUGACAAAGAUAUGUUGCUAUAUCAUUAUUUUGUUAACAAAAGAUCUGACUUAAGGUCAGGAAUAGUUCCAGAAAUUUUUAAAUUAAGAAAGAAAG